AUGGAGAUGCACCACCUGCCAAAAUACUCCUGUCGCCCAGCCCUGCGACCCGCAGCGUCCUACCUCCAACGGCGAGAACAGCCCACAGCCGCCUCGCGACGCCUCAACACCAGCCUCCUCGCCGUCACCGACACCGACCAGCCAGCCAGCGCGAGACGCCUCACCACCAGCCUCCUCGCCGUCACCGACACCGACCAGCCAGCCAGCGCGAGACGCCUCACCACCAGCCUCCUCGCCGUCACCGACACCGACCAGCCAGCGAGCGCGAGACGCCUCACCACCAGCCUCCUCGCCGUCACUGGUUCCGACCCAGGGCCGCUCACGGUGACGCCGGAGGAGGUGGAGGCCGCUAUCAACUCGAUGCCUCCGGGAUCAUCAGCAGGCCUAGACGGCAUCAGGCCGCUACAUCUACGCCAGCUUAUAUCCAGGGAGGCGGCUGAGAGCGGCCGCCGUCUUUUGCACUCUUUGACGGUACUCACCAACCUGGUGCUGGCCGCGCUGGCAGCCGCUGGUCUCUCACUGAACGCGGCCAAGUGUGAGGUGGCCUUCAUUGGCGCUGAAGAUUCGGACCACCGCCACGCUGCCAUCAGCGCCAUCUGCUCUGCGCUGCCUGACGUCAAAGAGACUGAGCUCACAAACCUAUCUCUGCUUGGCUCUCCCCUGACCGACGGCAGCAUAGGAGCAGCAGGGGAGGCAGCCUCUGCUAUGGUGCAACGCCUCUGCACCCGGCUGCGCGAGCUAGACAGCCACACUGCGGUGUUUUUCUUGGCGCACCACGUAUCGGCACCGCGUCUGACGUACCUGCUGCGCUCCGCACCGGCGUUCAAAGCCCCACACGUACUCCAGGCUACUGACGAAAUGGUGCGCAGCACACUAGAAGCUGUCUGCAACGUGGCCAUAAACCCUGCGGCAUGGGAGCAGGCGUCGCUUCCAGUGAAGUUCGGCGGCCUGGGCAUCCAGUCAGUCGAGGCACUGGCGCUACCAGCGUACAUUGCGUCGGUAAACGCAGCACGCCCCCUCAUCCGUUCCAUCUGUCCGAGUGUGACUGAUGAACUCUCAGACACCUUGGAGACCGCAGUCAGCGCGUUCCUUCAUCGCACAGGGGUGGACCGACAGCAGCUGCCGGACGAUGAGCUGGUCAGUAGUCAGCGCGCGUGGGACACCGUCGCCUGUACGGUGGUCCAAAGUCGCCUACUGGUACCAGCCAACCAGAUCGACCGAGCUCGGCUCAUCGCCGCCGGCCAGCCGCACACAGCGGCCUGGAUCCAGGCGGUGCCGGUGCCGAGUCUCGGGCUUCACCUCGACGACGAAACCGUCCGCGUCGCUGUGGCCCUGAGACUCGGCGCCCCGCCAGUCGGCCUCGACCGGGGCGACGGCAGACGACCGGAUGGCAUCACCGUCUUCCCCUUCCGCGAGGGCAAGUGUCUGUCGUGGGACGCGACCUGCGUCGACACUUUCGCCGACCACAUAGCGGUGGAGUCCGCACUGAAACCGGGUGCAGCUGCAAGGCAGGCCGAAGAGCGAAAGCGGCAGCGUUAUGCGGACCUAGCCAGGAGGUAUAGCUUUAUUCCGGUGGCACUGGAGACAACCGGUGUCUAUGGUCCGGCCGCCGCCGCUUUCGUCCAGGACCUGGGGAGACGCCUGGCAACCUGCACGGGUGAGCGUCGCGAGACGGAGUGGCUGCGACAGCGGCUGUCCGUGGCCAUCGCUCGUGGCAACGCGGCCUCCGUCCUCGCCACCGCUCCCCAAUCUGGCAUAGAACAAGCAGGCCAAACCCGCAGGGCUGCCUCCACCGCUGGGAGCAACCCAGGGACGACGCGCCGGUGGCCGCGGAGCCACGCGGUAACGGCGGCUACGCCAUCGGCUAGCUGUGCGCCUGAGGUCGAAACCAGCGGCAAGAGGAGCACAAGAGCCACGCCGCCCAAGGCAGAUUCUCCGACUGAGAUCAACCUGGGCAACUCGUGCUACCGGCGCGGCCUGGUCAACCUUGGGAACACGUGCUUCAUGAACACCGUGCUACAGGCGCUGUUCCAUUCAGAUCAGCUGCGCGGCGAGGUGCUGGCGGCGCGGCCGUCCCCCUCCCGCCCGCACCUGGCGGCACUACAGCGAGUGUUCGCCUUCCUGGCGUUCUCGGAGCGGCCCGUCUACAGCCCGGGCGAGUUCCAGCGGACCGCUCUGCCGCCCUGUUUUGAGCGGGGCCGGCAGCACGACUGCUCAGAGUUCCUCCGAUGCUUUCUGGACUCCUUGCAUGAGGAGGAGCGGUCUCCGGCAGCUUCCCCUGCCGCACCGGUCGCGGUCCCGCCGCCAGUCCCUCCAGCUGCUGCCGCCGCACGCGCCAGAGACGACUCCAGCGUGCCGGGAGCAGCGGCGAUGGAGCGGCCGCGGUCCCGGCGCCGGCACCGUUCCUGCGACACUGCGCGGGCCGGCGGGAGAUCGCCGCCGGUGCAGCUCUCUGACCUGGCCAGCGACGAUGUGGUGAUGGCAGAGCCGGCCGGAGACAGGGCGGAGCGGACUGCCGCGGAGGGGGAGCCCACAGAGUCACCGGACACCGGCGGGACGCAGCAGACUGAUCCGGACGGCCAGGCGCAGGGCGAGGUGGUGCGUGAGCACGGUACUGGCGAUGCCGGAGCUGAGGAGCCGCCCGCCGGCCUGGUCCGUCGGCUACUGACCGGACGGGCUGAGACUACGUUCACCUGUCUCAUGUGCGGCGGCGCUUCGCGCCACGAGAACAGCGUGACGGACCUGCACCUGGCUCUGCCGGAGUCGGUGACACGGUCACUGACGGCAGCUGCCGCGGGCGCCGGGGGAGCCGAAACUGCGCCGGCGUUCGGCCCCGCGCCGCGGCCGGUCGGUUGGCGGGGCACGCCACCGACGGACAACCAGACAGAGAUCGAGCUAACCGUAUCGCAGCUGCUGCUCGACUACCUGACGCCGGAACGACUGUGCGGUGAUAACCAGUAUUACUGUACCAAGUGCACCGGCCUGCGGGACGCCGAGCGCCAGCUGCGACUGCUCUCUCCGCCAGCCAACCUGGUCGUCUCCUUGAUGAGGUUCGCGGUUGACCGGCGCACCGGUGCACGCCGCAAGGUUCUCACCCCUGUGGAGCUCACCGAGUGGCUGACAGUGCCGCUAGCCACCGGCCCGCCCGCCCAGUACCGGCUGUAUGCAGUGAUAGUCCACGCGGGCCAUUCGCUGGACGCUGGCCACUAUUUCUCAUUCUGUCGCGCCUCCGGUGGCGGUGGUAUUGAUGGGAUGGACGAUACCGGCUGGUGGCGGCUGGACGAUACGUCAGCGGUGCCGGUGCCGGCGGCCACCGCGCUGGGCCGGCCGCGCCGCUCCACCGAGGCAGCCUACACGCUGCUGUACCGGCUGACCGAUGCAGCGGUGGCGGGGGCGGCGGGCGGCUUGUCGGCGCUGGCCGCCCUGCCUGGCCCGCUGCGAGCUGCCGUGGAACGAGACAACGCCGUUUUCCGACGGGAGCGGCAGAGCCGGACGGCCGGCGCACUGCCGAUGGUCCACGACGGACGGCCGCCGCCGGGUGCCGGCUGCGGCGGCGACAGCGGGCCCGGCGUCCCUCGGAUGCGUCAGCCGACGACGAGGCGAAGUGGUCCAAGCAGGAGAACGGCCAUGCAACGGCGUCAACGGCCAGGCGGCGCCCCUGAUAUGCGUCCGCCCCGACCUAGACCCGCUGCCCCGCCCUUCUGA